AUGGACACAGCUAGUUGUGGGCCUUCAAGUGCCAUACAGAACUUGAAUAAGCACACUCAAAGAGAUACCUCUUUACAGCAUCAAAGAUUAGGAAAUCCACCUCAGCAACAAGGGGUUCAUCAAUUUCGUCAAAAUCAAGUAGUGGAUCAACAGUUGAACCAAGAGUUUCAAAGGUUCAAUAGUGGUGGUCCUGGUCAUGACUUUGCCACUCUGUUUAUGGAACAAAACCGACCUCAGUUUCAGCCACAACACCGUGCUGUGCAACCCCAGCACCAGCAUCAGCAUCAGCAUCAACAUCCGCAACAGCAACAGCAACAGGGUUGGAUAAAUGACUUUUCAGGUUUGAGUAUUGAGCAAAGGCAGCAACCGCAAGUGAAUAAUUGGCUGAAGCAGUUUAUGCAAGGUGGACCUUCACAACAACAGCAAAAACAGUAUUAUCAACAACAACAACAACGUCAGAACCAACAGCCGAUGGUGCAUAGCCAAAUUCCAAACUAUUCGUUGGGUACGUUUCAAAAUAGGAUAAACAUGAAUGCAGUUGGCGCAGUGCCACAAUUUGCCGCGCAAACUGAGCAUCAACAAAUACACAAAUUGGAUGCAGGGCAUCAAGAGAUAUUAGAGAAUGAGUUUGACCGUAUAGAAAAGGAAUUAGCACAAGAGCCUCAAACAAGCGAGGCUGAGGCCAUUUUGUCAGAAUCCGUGGAUAAAGCGUUGGAAGACCACGAUCGGGAUUUGUUUGCUGAAACUGCACGGUCAGUGGAAAACUCAAUGAACGGCUUGAACACAAAUGAUGCAGCAAUGGCGGAAAAGUUUCAACAGUCUAGUUUCCUAAACUUGAUGCACUCGAUAGCCAACAAGGAGACGGUUUUAGAAAAUAAUGAAUUGAAGACACAAGAAAAUGUUUCCGCAGAGACAUCGGCACAAGACACGGCUAGUAAUUUGAAGAGUUCAGACUAUAUUCAACCAAUGUACAACCCAGAUCAACAACAGAAUCAAGUUGACUCCAUGGGUUUCAACACCGAUGAAUUCUCAGACGAAACGAUCCCAAACCAUCCCUUCACACAACAAACAACGUCCACACGGUUCAAUACUGAUGAAUUCUCAGAUGAUACAAUCCUAAAUCACCCAUUACCACCACAGGCUAUACCACAAAUGCAAAGAAAGAAUCUUCAGCAACAUGAGCCGAGCGAGACGCAGAAUCAUCUACCUGAUCCUCUUGCGCAUAUAGGUAACCAAUUAGAUGGUGUAACUGAUCCAUUGACGGCAGCCAGGAUUAUUAGUGGUGGACAAGUUAGGAGUAGAGAUUGGGAAGACGAUGACGAUUGGUUGACUGAGGACGUUACUUGGAGAAAGGGGCAAGUUGUCGGCGGACAAAGGGAAGAAAGAUUUGGUAAAAAGGGCGAUGACAAGGUGCAUGCGCGUUUCGCUCCAAGUUAG